AUGGCCAGUCCCACUUCCAAGAUUGUUGCGAGCAUAACCGGAGCUGCUGCCGGACUGCUGGCCUCGUAUGGCUAUCAGGGUUCCAAUCAGACUAAAGUCUCCAAUUGCCAAGCCGUAGUGACGUCCGCCGACGCCGCUCCAUCAUCGGCCUCGCAGAAGCCGCAGAAGCGGGUGGCUCCCAUCCGCUGCGCCAUCGAGCUCGACGGACUCGAGCUUUUCGAGACCCUCGCUCGGUGA